AGGACAGAGAAAGAAGCUGUAACGAACAGUUCUGGAGACUUUGAAGCGCAGCCACAGUGCUGAGGUCUUUGACUGACAAGCCUUCUGCUUUCUCCUUACAGGGCUCCUCCUACAGAUGUUCUGAACACGUCUGCAUCUCAGCAAUUUUUUACUGUGCCCAGGUCUUGAAAACUAGAGCUCAGGCACUUCUGGAUCGGUCUUUUCAUUGAAAUACUGGAACUACUAUGAAGUCUUCUUGGUUUGCACUCAUCUUGGCAGUGCUCGGUAUUGAAUUGCUAACAAGUCACUGUUCCACCAUUAAGUCCCCGAGGUUCAGAGGACGCGUGCAGCAGGAGCGAAAAAAUAUCAGACCAAAUAUCAUCCUUGUGCUCACAGAUGAUCAAGAUGUGGAGCUAGGGUCCUUGCAAGUGAUGAAUAAGACCAGACGGAUUAUGGAGAAUGGAGGGGCUUCUUUUAUCAAUGCAUUUGUAACCACCCCGAUGUGCUGCCCAUCACGUUCCUCCAUGCUGACUGGGAAGUAUGUGCACAACCACAACAUAUACACCAAUAAUGAAAACUGCUCUUCUCCCUCAUGGCAGGCUACUCAUGAGCCACGCACCUUCGCCGUGUAUCUCAAUAACACUGGGUAUAGAACAGCUUUUUUUGGGAAAUACCUCAAUGAAUACAAUGGCAGCUACAUCCCUCCUGGGUGGAGAGAGUGGGUUGGAUUAGUGAAGAACUCUCGCUUCUAUAAUUACACCAUUUCUCGCAAUGGUAACAAAGAGAAGCAUGGAUUUGAUUAUGCAAAGGACUACUUCACAGACCUAAUCACUAAUGAGAGCAUUAAUUACUUCAGAAUGUCUAAGAGGAUAUAUCCCCAUAGGCCCAUAAUGAUGGUCAUCAGCCACGCUGCGCCCCAUGGCCCCGAGGAUUCGGCACCGCAGUUCUCAGAGCUCUACCCCAACGCUUCACAGCAUAUCACUCCCAGCUAUAACUAUGCACCAAACAUGGAUAAGCACUGGAUCAUGCAGUACACGGGGCCCAUGCUGCCUAUCCACAUGGAGUUUACAAACGUCUUGCAGCGCAAAAGACUUCAGACCCUGAUGUCAGUUGACGACUCUAUGGAAAGAUUAUACCAAAUGCUUGCAGAGAUGGGAGAACUGGAGAAUACCUACAUUAUUUACACUGCUGACCAUGGUUACCAUAUCGGGCAGUUUGGACUGGUCAAGGGGAAGUCAAUGCCAUACGACUUUGAUAUUCGAGUUCCUUUCUUUAUUCGUGGUCCAAGUGUAGAGCCGGGAUCAGUAGUACCUCAGAUAGUUCUGAAUAUUGAUCUUGCUCCAACAAUUCUGGAUAUAGCAGGACUUGACACACCUCCAGAUAUGGAUGGCAAAUCUGUCCUAAAGCUUCUGGACUUGGAGAGACCAGGAAACAGGUUUCGAACAAACAAGAAGACCAAAAUUUGGCGUGACACAUUUCUGGUGGAAAGAGGCAAAUUUCUACGCAAGAAGGAGGAACCCAACAAAACCACUCAGCAGUCUAAUCAACUACCAAAAUAUGAGAGAGUAAAAGAAUUAUGCCAACAAGCAAGAUACCAGACAGCCUGUGAACAACCAGGACAG